AGUUAUGGCGGAGUGUAAAUCGGAGUGUUGGUGUUCAAUGUGUAAAGGAAAUGGCGAACAUUCACAUGCCAAAUUUUCUUGUGCAACCUGCAAAGCAUAUUACUGUGAACUUUGCGAACCCGUACAUGCCAGACUUUUUUUGCAACAUUCGCGUUCGAAGGCGGAACACUUGGGUAAAUCAUCCUUUGAGAAGUGUGAAACUCAUUCAGAGGAAUAUGUGGACUGCUAUUGUAUGGUUCAUAACCAGCUUUGUUGCUCCAAGUGUAAAUCAGCAACACACAGGGAGUGCACUUUGAUUCUAAGCCUAGAAGAUGCGGUAUAUGCGAUCGCAAUAAAAGACGACGAUUUAAAAGAAUGCUUAGCAGAAUUAGACAAGAUGAAGAAUAAAGUCAGGCAAUUAAAAGGGCGAAGAAAACAGAAGCAGAGACAGAGUUUGCAUCAUCGUUUCAGCAACAUUCCUGCAAACAUAAAAGUGUUCAGAAGAAAAAUCAAUAAAAUUAUUGAUCAAAUGGAGAAAAGAACUAUUGAGCAGAUUAAUGUUGUUAUAGAAAGUUUAGAUGAUGAGUCGAGUGCUGAUAUUGACAGAAGUACAACAUAUGUUGAAGAUUGUAAAGCCGUAUUUGAUUACGUCCAAAGGAAAGAUGAUAUAAGUGGGGCAGGCUCGCUCAUUGCUUUCAAGAAGUCUAAGCUUUUGAUUUCGAAAAUGAACGACUUUUUGCUAGAAACACAAUUGAAGAACGAUAUUCCAUGGGAGUUUGAGCCAGAAAUGGAAAUAGUAGAAUAUUUGUCACUGCAACACAGAUUGGGCGUUAUCAGAGAAAAAUCAGAAUAUGCCAUCAACUCUGUAGAAACAGAAUAUGUAGACGCUAGACUCCCUAAUGAUAAAAAGAAAUGUGAAAAGAGGAAAGAGGAAUAUGUGAACUGCCUUACCGAGAAAUAGACAGUGAAAAUUGUAAACUCAAACUGAUUGAUGGAAUUGUUUUAGACUAUUGUGAUGUGCCCCGAUAUCAAUACGAUAUAUAUUUGUACAAAUUUGCUGUAACCAUUGACAGUAUGGAAAGACACGAAGGUCAGAUCUAUCGCAUUUUCGACAUUAAGAUGGAGAUAGAUUGCAAGCUCUAAUUUAACGAAAGCAUUGCUGGGAUUUGUCACUAUGCAUGGUACUUGUAUAUCACGUCUAGAACUGCACUUUAUGUACACACAAUUUAUGGGAAGCUAAUGAAAUAAUUAUAUGAAGACCAAUCGGAGUGCUGCACCGUUUACCGCUGUGCAGUUAGCAUUGAUAGCGACACAAUCUUCAUCACAAGUUAUUCUAACCGACAGCUAAUCACGAUGGACACGAUUGGCAACAUUCUUUCAAUUUUUAUCGACUCUGCAAUAACAUGGCCUCAGGCUUUUCACGUUGCACCAAGUGGACAUUUACUCGUAUGUUGUGACAAUUCCAACAGAAUCCUUUUUUAUUGAUUUUGAGGGCAAGAAGCGACUGUCAACUCUUGCAAGACAAUCGGACGGUGUUAACAAUCCCAUGUAUUUGUGCUAUGCGAGAAAGACAUCAAAACUUCUUGUUGGACAACAGAAGAAUGAUAAGAUCUUGGUUAUUGACUUGGAACUACCAGAAAAUGAGACCGAGUGAUUAACGAAGUUCAUGAAGCAAAACUAUCAUACGACUACGGUUCGAAUUCUUUGUAAUGUUUUGAUGUAUAAAUAUAAAUUUUCUUUGUCAGAUUGCGUUUCAGAGUAGAAUCUUGUUAUAUGAAGUGAUUUGUGCGAUGUCAUUCGGAUUGUAUCAUUUCUUAUUACUUAAAAUGUGUGUUUGAUUAUUAAAAUAUUAGCCCCAUUUCGCGAAAAAACAAAGACUGGACUGUGGUUUGCAUGAUAGUGAUACAAUUGCGCAUGAACGAACUAUAUAACAGGCUGUAGUUAUGCAAAAUGCGUAUACAAUUAUAUGAUAGGUUGUGGUUUAGAGAACUGACUAACGAAUGUGAAAUUUUGGUUGAAUAGUUGAACUUACAAAGUUUUUAUACUUUAUUUAUUUAUUUUACUUAAUUUACGAACUACUUUUACUGAUGUACGGGCAUACAUCCGAGGUUGUUUUUUAUUUAAAUGGUCGAGGAGUUCCGAAUGUUACCACACUGGAGUGGAUAGGGGUCACGUGUUCGCAUGUACUGAUUUUCCACCUACCCUAUUAAUCUUUUGUUACGCGGUUCAAUAAAAUGGAAAAUGUUUCACCAUACUCGUUUAAACAGAGCACCAUGUUUAAUUUGAUAUAAAAAGUGAAAAAGAUGAAGUAUGUUGUUGUCCGUCGGGAACAUUUUGUUUCAUACAGUCGAAGCCAACGGGGUUCGACUGUAUCAUAUAUUUUUUAUUAUUUACAAUUUUCUAAAGUAGGCGAGUUAUUGGUACAGUACAUUUUACUGACUAUGUUUGUCACUUUAAUUCGUUCUUA